UUCUGUCUUCCCAACACUAUCCUCCUCUUGAAUUGUUCCAAACCGCCACGAGGUAACCUUUGCUAUUAGCUACUUGACUCGAGCCCUCUAUAUAUCCUCCCUCACAAGAUGGGCCAACAGGCUUCUACUCCCCAACAUGGAACAAAGAUCCAAGUCAUCGGGGCUGGUCUCUCUCGGACGGGAACGGCGUCCUUUAGCAGCGCUUUAAAUAUCCUUCUUGAAGGCCCAGUCUAUCAUGGUGGGACACAAGUGACGAUGGGGCCACCAGAAGAAAUAAAGUCAUGGAUCAAGAUCCUGCAGAACUGCCUGACCGGAGUGCCACAGGACCGAGAGAAAGCACUUACUCUUCUGGAGGAGAGAUUAGAUGGAUAUGCUGCUAUCACCGAUGUUCCCGGCUCGCAACUCGUCCCAGAACUUCUAGAACUGUACCCUGAUGCCAUAGUCAUCUGUACCAUUCGAGAUCCGGAAGCCUGGGUGAAGAGUUAUGCGCAGGUCCGCCACCUGGCGACGUUAUGGUUCCUUCCGGCUGUUCUCCUGCCGCUUCCUGGGAUGAGACAUUUCGUUGAGUGGAUUUCCUACAUUCCAAAACAGCGACGUCAGAUAUACGGGGAGCUAGUAUCGAUGGAGAAUCUUUACCACCGUCAUAUUGCUUGGUUAAAGGAAGUUGUGCCCCAGGACCGUCUGGUGUUUUUUGAUGUGAGGGAGGGUUGGGAGCCGCUGUGCAAGGCACUUGGCAAGGAUGUGCCCAAGGACAUCGCAUUUCCGCGCAUCAAUGAUGGAAAAGCCAUGGAAGCGGUGGCGAGAUCUCAUAUUAAGCGUGGUCUUACUCGAUGGGCUGCUUUCCUUUCGGUGAUUGGCGCUAUCACUGCAUGGUCUGUUCUACGUUGAGCAAGAACUCAAGAAUCGUGAGUUAGUGGUGCCACACUCAGGUUGGUUGUCUUCAGCUGGGGGAAUUUAUGCCCGUGUGCAAAAGUCAGGUUUACUGAGAGAUUCC